UCCAACUGUUCCAACGACCAGAUUCAUCUUCUGACCACACCACUCCAAACACCUAAGCACAACAAAACACAAAGAUCCAAAACAUUCUGCAAAACAUACAGAAAAUUUAACAUCACUGUUAUAUAGUUUAGAUCGCAGCAACUGCAAAUUCUCGGAGCUGAUUCAGAUUAAUUGUUUCUUUCUUCACUUAAUUUGAUCAUCGUACCAUUUGUGUCGAGAUUUUUAGAUAAAGUGGUUGUUUAACAUCGUAUUAGAGUCGGAUCAGACCAGAGGUGUUGUGUUCAAAUCUCAUUUCCACCCAUUUUGGUUUCACAGGUAGGGUUUGUAUGUGGACCAUGUGUUAGGAACAGGUUAAACCUAAACGAGAUUGUCGUUUAACAAUUCUUUCGUCUUAGGUUCAUGCAGUGGCAUUCGAAUGGUAGAUGAGAUUGGGAAUUAGGAAUACGUUGGGGAUCCUAGGUUGACGGGCUAGCGUAAUGAGGGUAGAAGCCAGUGCUCAGCUUGAUCGGUCAAUGGGAGACGCGUUAUUUCAAGAAAACGUUGAUGUUGAGUUGCAUUGGGUUCAGCGACAAGGGUCGUGAGAAGAUGGAAUUUUAGCGAUUUUGGUUCCAAAUAAUUUUGAGGAGAUAUAAGAUGGAUGAGCUUGGUCGUGAUGCGGAUCAUGACAUACAUAUGGUUGCUGGUUUGAGAAAUCAGAAAGAUAGGUACUUACCUAUUGAUGUCCGGAAAGAUCACAUGAUUGAUAAAAGAUACACAGGCGACAGCAUUGUCCUUAAUCAUCGAAGCCCGUCUAAGAGAGAUUCAGACAGCCUUGUUUCAAUCGUUUACGUGCUGAAAACGUUGUUCCUGAUACUACUCUGGUACACAUUCAGUACAUGUCUAACGUUUUAUAACAAGACCUUGUUAGGGGAUGACAUGGGGAAAUUCCCUGCUCCUCUGUUGAUGAACGCCUUCCAUUUUUCCAUGCAAGCUACUUUGUCAAAUGCCAUUACGUGGUUUUGGCCCGACAGAUUUCACUCCUCGUUUAUGUCUUGGAGGGAUUAUUUUGCCAAAGUUGUACCGACGGCUCUCAGCACCGCAAUGGAUGUUAAUCUAAGCAAUGCUUCUCUGGUCUUCAUCUCCGUUACAUUUGCCACUAUGUGCAAAUCAACAUCACCAAUAUUUCUCCUUCUUUUUGCCUUUGCUUUCAGAUUGGAAUCUCCAAGUGCUAAGCUGCUUGGCAUCAUCUUAAUCAUUUCCUUUGGGAUACUAUUAACAGUGGCAAAGGAGACAAAAUUUGAAUUUUGGGGUUUCAUAUUUGUUAUGCUUGCUUCUGUCAUGUCGGGGUUCCGAUGGACGAUGACACAGAUUCUUCUCCAGAAAGAAGUGUAUGGUUUCAAAAACCCUCUAACUUUGAUGAGCUACGUGACUCCGCUUAUGGCAAUUGCAACUGCUCUACUUUCGUUGUUAUUGGAUCCAUGGCAUGACUUCAAAACCAGCAAUUACUUCGACACCUCAUGGAAUAUCGCAAGAAGUUGUUCACUCAUGUUCUUUGGUGGAACUCUGGCUUUUGUCAUGGUAUUAACUGAAUAUAUUCUGGUCUCAGUGACUAGUGCAGUAACAGUAACAAUAGCGGGCGUUGUCAAGGAAGCUGUAACUAUUUUGGUUGCUGUCUUUUAUUUCCAUGAUGAGUUCACCUGGCUGAAAGGCUUAGGCCUUGUUACUAUUAUGAUUGGCGUCAGUUUAUUUAACUGGUACAAAUAUCAGAAGUUGCAGAAAGGCAAGAAAAUGUUUGUAUCACCAACAGGUGCUGCAACACCAAAGUAUGUUGCCCUUGAGGAGAUAGAUGUGGAAGAAGGCAGCCACUCAAAACUGAAUUUUGCAUUUGACAGAUGAAAUUGUGAACAAGCCUCUUAUGUUUUCAUAUCAUGCAUUAGGUUUAUGUUUCAUUUCUUCCAAAUACUAUACUCUGAUGUUUCUUGUUUAUAUUCAAUUCUGCAUCAGCAAGCAUUCUUGAAGAUGAUUGUCAUUUGUGCCAGCAUUUUAUAUAUCUUC